AGUGAGCGCUGUUCUAUGCAAUAGUCUACUUUCAGUCUUCUUCUAUGAUUCAGUAGGACUAGUGAUGUCGAAGGCGGAUCAGCUGAUCAUGGAACGGCGGCUGCGGCCCAUUUAUGACGCCAUAGAUGCCGGAAAUGCUAAGAAAGCCGUCCAAGAAGCAGACAAAGUUCUUAAGAAACAUCCGGUCACUACUUGUGCAAAGGUACUGAAAGCAUUGGCGUUAAUCCGUUCUGACAAAUUAGCGGAAGGUUUCGAGAUCAUAAACGCACUGGAUGUUCCUGGUGCUCAGUUUGACGAUGGUACUCUGCAGGCUUUUGUUCACUGUUUCAAGGAGGCAGGUUGUCCUGAUCGAAUAACAACUCUAUAUGAGCGCGCCGUUGCUGUUGCUCCUACCGAACAAAAUCUUACGCAUCUUUUCAUGGCUCAUGUUCGAAAUAGGUCGUUCAAGAAUCAGCAGCUAAUAGCAAUGCGCUUAUUCAAGGAAUUCAACAAUUCGCCGUACUUCUUUUGGGGCGUAAUGAGCAUUGUGAUGCAAGCCUACGAAAAUCCAGAAAUGGGCUCGAAGAUGCUGUUCCCUUUGGCUGCUAGAAUGAUAGAGAAUCAUGUGAAGAAGUACGGGUACAAAGCAGGUGCUGAAAUUGAAUUACAUGCAAUGGUUCUGGAAGGAAUGAAGAAAUUUGCGGAAGCCGAAGCAUUGCUGGGCACAGAAGAAUCUCGAAGUCUUUUAUCUACCCCACCAACGUUUCUGAUGGCACGCCGAUUAGAUCUUUUAUUGCUAGCGGAAAAUUAUCAAACUGCCUUAGAUAGAACUGUCGAAGGACUGAAAGCAGAUCCCGAUGAUUGGACGUUGUGGAAGAUUCUUUUCGAGUCUUCUUUUGCGCUGUUGAGAAAAUCUACAGUCGAGGAAGAGACGAAUAGAACCUUGGAUACUUUGAAAAAAGUUGUUAAUGCCGAGGGAUUGUCGAAAAGUCGAUUGCGUGGUCCUCACCUUGCUAGAUUAGAGCUUAUUGGGAGAUUCCUCAAAGAGGAGGAACCAAUUCGUUCUCUGUUAGAUGGGAUGAAUCUGGGGAAGCCUAUUGAACUAAUGGUGAACUAUGUACUGACUUUUUACGCGAAACCAUGUUGUUACAAUGACAUAAAUCAGUAUCUAUGGCUUUUGGAUGACAAGAAGAAGGAGGAGCUCAUUGAUGGACUGAAAGAGUUCAUUGACAGCGUAAUUCAUCAAAGAGAACAAGCAGGAGAGGAUAGUGAUGCUAACUGUUGGGCAGUCAUCAUGAAUGAGAGACUGCGUAGAACUAUUGGAAGCAUCGAUCGAAUGCCGAGAGAAGACAGACGGAAACAUGUGCAAUUGAUAAUACGAGGGAUUUUACAGCCAAAUCGAGAGCAAUUGGCUGGUACAGCUCUAGCUCAGUUAGCAGCCGCUAUACUGUGGAAUGAAUGGAGAGCUCAUGAUGAUUGGCAGUCUUUCUACGAAAUGAUUCUGUUGUUAGAGUGGACAUCAAACGAUUAUCCUACCGAUCCUUUCUGCAAACUUGUUCUUUGCCGAGCUUACGCUCAUAUAGGCUGUAUGUAUCGUAUGGUAGCCCUUACUCGAGCUCUCGAUAUCAAGUCAGUUCAGCGGGACACUCUUGGUUAUAUUAUGUUUCCUAUGCCGGAACUGUGCGGCAGGUUCAAUGUUGGUAUAGUUCAUUACACGGAGAUGGUAGAAGUAUAUGAACAAGCAGAGAAAGAGAUCAGCGAAGCCUUGAUAGGAGCUUAUCGUAAUGGUGCCUUCAUGCAAGUUCCGAAUCUGGUAUCAUUAGCAGAGAAAAUGAGAAAAUCGGCGAUGUCUGUUGCGGCUAAUGAGCUGCAUCGAUAUAUGUCCGCAUUAUUUGCUAUUGACAACCUUGAUGAAGCACUGAACACACUCCAUGGCAGCGAUGAUACUAUCGAAUGGGAUUCGUUAACGGACAACCGUGAUCUUGGCGUCAUUCCAUCUUUUGAACGCGAUAUAAAGGAGAACUUAGCGAGUUUGCGGGAAACCACUCAGAUGGAGUUUGUGGACAUGACUCGCCUCAGGCACUAUCUGUCACAAGCAGUAGGAUCGGCUGGAGGUGCCAAAGGUGCUGGUCCGCAGGAAUUGGGUGCCGAUGUCACUCUCUUACGAGUACAUUUAGAGCAUUGUCGUCAAGCAUACCCAUCUAAUAUGUCACAGAGCCGAGUCAUGCAGUCCCCUAGUCCCAUUUAUUUAUCGCAUUGGAUUCACGGUGGUUUUUUGGAUCCUAUUUUACGCCUGCUCCAGUCUGCUGUCGAUGUUGCUGCUGCCAACAAUCUGAAUGAACUUACACCUGAAUCGAUAUUACCGUCUGUAGAACAAAUGGAAAAAGAUUGGAGCGCCAUGUUGCCUCAAUUUGAAACGAAAGCGUAUCCGUUCUACAUACAAGAAGAAAUUAUUCUGAGUUCACGAGCAUUACAGUCUUUGGCUGUUUGUCAAAUUCUCGUGAAAAUUUUGGCAAGAUGUGGCAAUCGUCAGAAUUCCAACGAAGCUGUGGGCAAGAAAACCAAGUCAGCAACUUCAAUAAAGAACGACUUUGUUGUUCACUGUGAAGCUCUGCAAGCCUCAAUACGCAGAGGUGCUUCUAGAUUAAAUGCACAUUUAAAUGAAAUUGAAGAAGUGCUCAAGGAAACCGCUAUGACCUUAGUGCCUAAAAUUGGAACUGACUGGAACGAGGAAUUAUCGGAGCUUUUUGCCUCUCAAAAUGUGGUCGUCUGUGAUCGGGUAUACAAGUCUUAUUUCAACUCAUGUGCCGAUAUUCGUUACUUCUUGGAACAUACCAUUGUCUGAGUAGCCUCACGGAGCUUGGAUGUGCAACAACAUAGAGUGCGCUCAUAGGAUAUAUAACUAUUUUUUGGAUAUCAAACUCUUGUUUCACUUCUAAAACUAGUGAAAUUUUUUAAUUCAUAGAAAUAUCCAAUGGCCAUCUACCGCUCUUUUAAGGUGUAUUGGUCCCCACAGAUUUCUAUCAGAAGAUGCUUGUUUCUUUCACACUUGUUUCAAGAGUUUAUUAUAUAAGGCUAUAUUCGAAUUGUUUCACAGUUAAUUGUACUGCACGAGAGACCUGUCCAAUUUAUUCGUUCAAAGUGCUUAUUUUUGUUUGAGGGUCUCUUUGUAUUAUCUCGUUUUUGUUUAUUACAAACAGCUUCACCGGUUUGCUCAUGAUGAUCAUAAUAAUUUGUGUUUCAUUAAAAUUACAUUGUCACAUGCGUGAAAUUUUCCAAAAUUGACUGUGCAGCGUAACUGCAUUGAAGUGUUCUGUCAGCUAUAUUUGGUGCAUUUUGUGAGACUAAAUUGCUGGUAUUUGUAACUUUAUGCUUUCGAAGCUAAUGACUGG